AAAGGUUUGCUUCCCAACUCAAAAAUCUUGUUAUCUUUUUUUAAUUGCUAAAUUUAAUGAUUAAGUUUAUAUUAUCUGAGUAGACCUGUGGUGGACAGAGAAACUAGUUUUUUCCCCUCACACUAGUUUAUCAAUCCACACAAUGCCUGCAGAUCGUUCUUUAAUUAAUUGACCACAAUUGUUUAAAUUAAAAAAAAAAGAACAAACCAUUAUUUAAACAUAACAUCAUAAAUUUCUAUGUUUCUUAUCACAUGAUGGUAACAAAUUUGGACUACAUUUCACAGUUAGUACAGCUGUUAAUUUUCUCAAAAUAUUUUUUAUCAUCAGACCAAGGUCAUUACUUUAUAGUGCUAUAAAUUCUACUACAAAGAUAAUGUACAUGUAGGAGUUUUAUACCUUUACCUUGCGAAACAAUGUUUAAGUGGAAUAUAUUCUUAAUAUGUAGUGCUCUGUGUGGUAUUUGGACUCUAAGUUUGGCAGAAAUAAGUAUACCAGUAACCUACAUGAAAUCACCUUUUGACCCCAGCACUUUUUCAGCUAAGAUCAUCGAUUGCCAUGGCAACUGUGGGGAUGAUUACUACACCUGCUGUUUUAUAAAUUGUGAUUUUUACAUGCAAGGCGUAGAUAACAUAGCAAUUGAGGAACAAGACACAAGUGAUAAUUUCUCAGAGAAAUGGCCGUCAUUUUGGUUGCGGUUCCUUCACAUAUUAACUUUUGGUUAUUUCGGAUCAUCGUUAAAUGGAGCCAACACAUCAUUACGGUCUGUCAAGCACUCUGAUAGGUCAUAUGAAAAUUUCAAGAUGUAUUCAGACUUUGUACAAGUUUGUGUAGACAAUUGCACGAGCAUGUUUCGUAAAUGUUAUGAUAAAUGUAUUUGUGAUGAAAAUCCUGAUGCUUACCUGUGUAAGCCUAAAAUGAACUAUGAUUCUCAAAAUGGUGAAAAUUUAUAUCAUUUCGAUUGGAAUAAAGUUUCGUAAGAAUAAAUAAAUUCAAAUAUA